AUGUCGUACAAUGUCUAUCGAGUUUCUUAUGCCGGUCUUCCCCGGGAUCAUCAUGCUAUCUUCGUCGAGAUGAACAAGGACCAGUCUGGUCAUAUAUUUCAGGUCACUGGUGACAUACAAAACGGCAUGAGACAUGACGACAAACCUGCCAAAAAGCCGGAGGAGUCAGGGACCUACCAAGGCAAAGCACACAUUGGAAAGGUUGCCGCAGGGGAUUUUGAUAGCAUCAAGCGAAUUUGCGAAAGUAUUCCUCCGCCCAAAAAACAAUUUGAGGGACCUCGGAAAAUAUAUCCAAAUGAACCUCUUCGCCGCUGCCAGGAGUGGACGCAAGAAGCCAUAAGUGCUUUGGUUACUAAAGGAAUUCUCAAGAAUUAA